AUGGAAUCAAUGGGUCGUGUUGUUGGAUUGGGAAUGGAGAUCUUAAACCAAUCUAACUACCGGUUAUGGAAGUCAUGUAUGGAGUCAUACUUGGUGAGUGAGGACUUAUGGGAUGUCGUCGGCGGCAGUAGCACCACACCACCAAUGGGAGCUGCUGCGACAGCGGAAGCGACAAAGGAAUGGACACGGAAGAAUGCCAAGGCGGAGUUUGCAUUGAAGAGGUCAAUAUCCUCGGGAGUAUUUGAGCAUGUCUCAAGGUGCACAUCCGCUAGUUCCAUUUGGCAAGCGUUGGACCAACUGUUCAACAAGAAGAAUGAGGCUCGUCUACAACUGUUAGAGAACGAGUUGGCGAAUGCGAAGCAGGGGGAGUCUUCAAUCUCAGAGUUCUUCAUCAAGGUAAAGAACCUUUGCUCUGAGAUUAACACUCUUAAUCCGGAGGAGUCUAUUUCGGAAGCUCGGUUAAAGCGGUCUAUUAUUCGUGGUUUACGACCCGAAUAUACACCGUUUGUGACUUCCGUUCAAGGAUGGGCUACACAACCUUCCUUGGAGGAGUUUGAAAAUCUGCUAGCUUCGCAAGAAUCCUUAGCCACGCAAAUGGCGGGAGUCAAAAUCCAUGAUGACUCGGGGAGCGCUUUUGUAGCUCGGAGGCAACAGAGCUACAAAGGAAAAACCAAGAAUGAUGGUGUAAAGAAUAAUGAUGGACGGGAAAGAUCUUCUACGGGAGACAAGAAGCAGUUCAAGUGUUACCGGUGUGGAAAGCUUGGGCAUUUCAAAAAGGACUGUCGGGUCAAGCUGAAGGAAACCAAUAUGGCGGAAUCAAAAAGUCAUACUGAAGACGAAGAUUGGGGGAAAUGUUUCACGGUGGAGGCUGCAUCUUCAGGUACAUCCACAACUAAAAAUCUUGGAAAUGAUUGGAUUGUGGAUUCGGGUUGUAGCCAUCAUAUUACCGGAAACGAGAAGUUAUUUUCUAGUCUUCAACGUCAUGACGGGAAAGAAGCUAUCAUCACUGCGGAUAAUUCAAUCCACCGGGUUGAGAAGGAAGGGACUAUUGUUAUUGAAGGAGAAGAAGGAGGCCCAAUCACUCUCAAGAACGUAUACCAUGUCCCUGGAGUUAAGAAGAAUCUUCUUUCCGUGGUGAAUGCGGUGGACUCAGGUAACUACGUUUUAUUUGGACCAAAAGACGUUAAAUUCUUGAAGAAUAUUCAAGAGUUAAAGGCGGACGUAGUUCACACCGGAGCACGGGUUAAAGAUCUUUAUGUCUUAUCGGCCUCAAAUUCGUACAUUGAGAAGAUGAGUACGAAUGAUAAUGCUUUUAUUUGGCAUGCUAGGCUUGGCCAUAUAAAUAUGACUAAGCUGAAGGCUAUGGUGAAUAAAGAUCUGGUUAAUGGGCUCCCAAAGUUGAAGAUUCAAGAUGAAGGAAAGCUUUGUGAAGGUUGUCAAUAUGGAAAAUCACAUAGACUUCCAUUUGACAAUUCUACUUCACGAUGCAAUGCUCCGUUGGAGAGGAUCCAUAGUGAUUUGAUGGGUCCGACGAGAACAUCCUCCUAUUCCGGGUUCCGCUACAUGCUGUUGUUCGUUGAUGAUUACUCACGGUACACCUGGGUAUACUUUGUGAAGGAAAAGUCAGAAGUAUUCUCCAAGUUUCAAGAAUUCAAGGUUACCGUGGAAGGAGAGUUGGGUCGGAAAAUCAAGACCUUAAGGACGGAUAAUGGAGGGGAGUUUAUGUCAAACGAGUUUCUCUCUUUCUGCCGAAAGCAUGGUAUCAAGAGAGAAUUUUCAUGUCCAUACACACCUCAACAAAAUGGAGUAGCAGAAAGGAAGAUAAGGCAUCUAAGUGAGACGUGUAGAAGCUGGCUACAUGCGAAGAAUUUGCCUAAGGCUCUAUGGGCAGAAGGGAUGAGAUGUGCAGCCUAUGUCAUCAAUCGGAUGCCGCUUAGUCCAAAUAAUAUGAAGUCUCCUUAUGAGAUGGUUCAUGGGAAGAAGCCAACAGUGAAACAUCUCAGGAUAUUUGGAUCUAUCUGCUAUGUCCAUGUGUUCGACUCUCAAAGAACCAAGCUGGAGGCAAAGGCGAAAAAGUGCAUCUUUGUCGGCUAUGAUGAACAAAGGAAGGGGUGGAGGUGUAUGGAUCCAGAGACACACAGAUACACUGUAUCUCGUGAUGUUGUCUUUGAUGAAGUGUCUUCAUAUUACGGAUCUCCUCAAGUCUUGGUUGAGCAAGAUGGUGCGGGCUCACUUAAAGACGAUGAACCAGCUGCUCAGAUACCAAGUGAUGGUGGAAUUUCUGAACCAGAGAUGCAAGGUGAAAGGGGGAGCACUAACCAAGAGGAAGAGGAGGAGGAAGAUCAUGGUUCCUUGGCUAAUCAACGACCAAAACGGGACAUCGUUAAACCUGCUCGGUACAGAGAUGAAAGGUUUGUUACUACUUACUCAUGCUACUUUGCAUCUCCUUUUGAUGAAGAAGAACCAUCAUCUUAUGAUGAAGCAAAAGGAGUUAAAGAGUGGGAGACCGCAAUGAAGGAGGAGAUGGAUGCUCUAAAGAACAAUUGA